UUAAUUAACUUGCAUCCUCAGUUAGAUAUAUAAGUCUCUGUUUAGAAGAAUCAGUUUCAUAUCAUUUGCAGCUUCAGCUUGUUACAACAAUGUCACGACCACUACCCCUUGAUGAAAUGAUGGCAGCGUUAAAAGAAAAACACAAAACAAGUCACUUCUGGAAGAUAGAAAAUUUCUCUUUAGUCAAAAAACACAUCAACAGGGUCGAAUCCUCUGUUUUUUAUCUUGGUGGUUACAGAUGGAAACUCACGAUGCUCCCAUAUGGGUUGGAGGGUAAUGUCUUUCAUAAUGUCGCCUUGGUCUUAGAGAGGCAAUUCCCCUCCUUAAUUAUUCAACUUACAGUUGAGUUAUUUGUCGUUAAUCAACUAUCGCAAAUAUGGCAUUCGUCAGGAAACAUAGUCUUACCAGUAGACCGGAACUGGGUUUGGGAUCCAAAUUUGAUGUCACAUGCCAAUUCUGAGUACCUAGGGCAACUCGUUGGAGAUUGUUGUAUCUUUGGUGUCAGGCUUUUUGGGGUUGAAACUGCGGCUUGUGGAACAGCUGAAUGUUUUAGCGUGAUUGAGAAACCUCUCAAUCACAAAGUCACUUGGAUGAUGAACAGGUUCUCGUCUUUCGAGCCUGAAAAGGCUCAUCAUUCUAAUGAAUUUGUCGUUGGAAACCGGAAAUGGAGAAUUCAAGUGCACCCAAGAGGGUUUAAAGAGGGAAAAGACAAAUCAUUUUCUGUGUAUCUAGUAGGAGGAGAGUUUGUCAACAAUGUGCCGCAUGUGGCAAACACUUACGCCAUGUUUAAGCUGCGUGUGUUGGAUCAAGUUAACCGCAAUCAUUUGGAGAGCCGUGUUUUUGGUUGGCUUGGUGGAAAUUCUGAUGUAAUCCAAGGAUAUCCAGAAUUUAUGCCUCUGUCAAAACUUGGUGAACCUUAUCUGGUGAACGAUAAGUUAUAUGUGGGAGUUGAGUUUGAAUUAAUCUCUGUGACUAAUUAUUGUUAGCUUUAUAAGAGGACAUCACCACGUGCAAAAAGGCCUGAUCCCUCAAUUAUAUCAUGCAUGUCGAGAAAGCAUGUAACUGUGGCCCUCGUUUGUUGUAGUAGCUAGGCCUUUUCCUUCCUCAGCUGCGGUGUAUCUUCUUCUAUCCAUGGCUUUCUUUCGCGAGGGUUUUGUGUCUCGAUGCUUGUGGAGGGAUUCAAAGCCAAACUAACUGCUACUGGAGGAGUAUCAGUCGACUCCAAAGAUGAUGGCAGAACUGUAGAUCUAUGGAUUUGUUGUGUAAAAGUGCUUGAGUGAAUCGGUUGAAGAUCUUGGAGGAUGCUUGUUUUGGCAAAAAAGUAGGGUUUUCGUCUCUUCUUGCCUUGGGUGAGGUUGACAAGUUUCUAAACAGAGAAACCUGGGAGUGUUGUCACUGUCCUCGAAAGUUGCAUCACGUGCUUCAUGUCAACCGCCUCGGGAGGUUGUGCCUGGGAGAGUUCUUCUCGACCAGCUCUUGAUGGAAAGUUGAUAAAAUCUGUUUCUGUCAAUAAUCUUUCUUGCUCACAGCUAUUAUAUAUCAUGUAGAGAAAACCUUUAUUAAUCUUCUUGCUUGUCAAUUUUUUCAUCUUU